UUACAGUCUGAUAAGAUGAAUCCGAUGAUGUUUCAUAGUACCCAAGAUAUGGCUCAUGAUUUCAAACAAUUCCAUAACUCGCAUUUGCCGCAACGACGUAGUGUCAGCCUUCCAAGAUCAGUAUCAUACUCGACAUCUCAUCUUCGGAAAACGCGAAUUAUUUCUGCUAUUAGAGUGCUAUUAGAUGAGCUUGAUGCAGAUGGACUUCGUGAUGUUGUGGAUGAAGCGCAACAUAGGAUUAGGAAAUUGGGAUGA